GUUUGAGAAUAAACCUCACAGGGCUGAAUGAUAGAUGCCUUGGGCUGUCCCGUCUGAGCAACAGUUGUGUCGUAUUCUUCGGGUUUGGCCAAGAGCCAAUUGAAGAUCUUAGGAUAAAGACGUAGAUCAUACAAGGUCGUGGGUAUAUAUAGGCCUUGUGUCCGCCUUCAAGGUGGAAGCAAGCAUCAUAGUAAGACUUACACCAACAGUUUAUCAACAUCACCAGGCUACAUUCAGAGAAAUCGGAUAUCCAAAAUACUCUUAUCAAUACCACUCUUACAGCAACAUGUCUACCAAAACAGAGACAAUGAAAACUUCAUACUUCGAACUUGGCCAUCGUCCCUCUGGACACUUGGCUCCGCCUCCUGACUACGAGACCACUGAAGCCGUAGAACUAUCACGCCUCUCACCAGCUACAUCUUCUACAAAUUCCCUCCCGGAAUAUACGACCCUGUACAACAAUGACAACAGAGACUCAGCAUCAUCCUCUGCAACACCGGGAUUUCAUCCUACAAAACAACUUCAGAUCCAAGCUCCUGGGUUUGCACUUAUCAGGCUUCCUCUACCGCCUCAGCCAGAUCCUAUCUAUGUCUUCAAUGUCACCUCAACAGGUGAUCUCGAUGAAGCCGAGUAUGUAUCGAUUCGGCCUACAAGAAACUCAGGUUCUUGCUUUCUAGCCAGGGCGAAUGAUCCGACACAAACAGCUCUUUGCACAACGACAUACCGCUUCGGUCCAGGCAAGCCUCCUAAGAUCCGUCUCGUUGGGGAUGGAUCGCAGGACGGACAGACAGAGGAGAUUGAGAUCAAUUGCAAAGGUGUUCUAACUCGCAGCACCAUCAUGCGCACUCAUCUUGGCACUUUCGAAUGGCGAUAUAGUUCCCGUGCCGAACGUCGAACUGCAAAAGCCUCGAUUGGCGAGGAAAUCGAUUGUCUACUCAUUCUUGAUCAAGUCAUGAAAGUUGCCGUUGCAGGAGGAAAACAAGAGGAGAGAAGACGUAAAGUUGGGCAGUUUGUGCGUAGUGACGAACUUCGUACCCAAGGUUCUAGGAGGAGCUCUGCUGGAAACGGUGGGCGACUUAUGCUUGAUUUGCGUGAGUGGUUGGAUCGAAAAAAUGAGGCAAUGGAGAUGGAAAUUCUAGCUGUGGUGAGUUGCGUGUCUAUGAUGAAGAAAGAAGUGGAUAGGCGAAGAAUGCAUCAGACUAUGGCCAUCAUGGUCGGUGGUUCCUAGACUAUUGGGAUGAAUACUCAGAUGAGAUAGAUACCAGUGAUAGACUGUUCGUAUAUUUUAGUUAUAGAAAUCGACC